CGAAUUAACUGAAUUUCUAAACCCAAAAUAAUUCAAAAAAAAAAACAUCAUAUUUGGGUUUCAAUUUGGGUAUCAAUAAUUCAGGUCGUAUCUGCAAUAAUUCAGAUACAUUUUUCAAUGCAAAUUAUAAUAACUGACUAACCAAAUAGUGCCUCCUGUCAAUAACGAAAUAACAGAAAUAUUAAAGGGUAUAAUUACUAUUUAUGUUUUUUUUUUCACUGAUUCAUUUUCCCUCUUCAUUCUCCUGCUUCUCCUCUGAAAUCCCUAGCUCCCAACCUUCAUUCAACCCUAUUUUCUUGCUUGAAUUCCAUCCUUUAUACCCCGGAAAUAUGGCAUUUUGGGUGUCGAACCAUGUGUGCAAGUGGAGGAAUUAUAAUAGACUUGGCAUGGAGACAAGAUCUAUGAGUAGUGCUCAUUUUCAGAAGCAUUUAAUAUCAACGAAGAAAUCGUUCAGAAAAAAUAUUGGAGCUUAUGUUUAUUGCUUGUAUGGCAUGGAGAAGGAUCCUGCCUUGCCUCCUAAACAACAUCUAAUUGAUGCAAGAGUGAUCUACAGCCUUGCUCCUGCCCUGGGUCAUAACCAGCUUGCAUUGUUGCGUGAUUCUUGGUUAUGGGCUCUCGAGUUUACCCAAGUCACCCUAUUGCUCUGCUAUUCAACCCUUGGUUGCGUGUCACCAGAGCAAGAGUCCAGAGGUGCCACUUGUUCACAAGAUAUGGAGAAUAGUGAGAGUAUUGAGAAGUCAAAGGAGACAAACUCAAGCACAAUAGCUGUAAGAGACAAUGCAACAAAGAACAUGACCGAUGGAAGCACAUAUGCUAAAUCAGACAAAGCAAAUAGUGAUGCUGGUGCUACCGGUGCUGGACCAUCCCUUUCAGUCCAAAGAAAACCUAUGAAGCGCAGGACAUGGGUAUGGCAAUUUUUCGAUGAAUUUAUCAAUGAAAAUGGUAAGACUAGGACUAGGUGUCAUUUUUGUGGGUAUGAUUUAGCUGCUAAGUCUAGCACCAAUGGAACUACUCCAUUGAAAAACCAUUAUAAUAGCUGUAAAUUGAAUCUUGUGAAUCUUAAGACUCAACAGACUUUACUUAACUUCCAAAAAGUGUUAAAGGUUAAUGAUGUAGAUGGUAAAGAAGUAACUCAAUUGACAACAACAUCACGAAAAUUUGAUGAACAAGCUAUUAAGAAAGCUUUGGUUGAGAUGCUUAUUGUUGAUGAGUUUCCAUUUUCUUUUGUUGAACAUUCUGGAUUUAUAAAGUUCUGUCAAGUAGCUUGGGCAUUAUUUAACAUCCCUUCUCGUGACAUGCUUGAGAGAUGGCUUAGAGAGUGGGGGAUAGCUAAGGUCUAUUGUGUUACUUUAGUCAAUGCUAGUGCGAAUGAUGUACUAGUUAGACAUUUGAAGGGGUGCUUACAAAAGUGGGGAACUAGUAUUCUUGGAGGGAAAGAUUUACACAUGAGGUGUGCUGCCCACAUUAUCAAUUUCGUUGUUAAUGAUGGAUUCAAAGAAAUGCAACCAUCUGUUACUACUAUUAGGGGUGUAGUACGGUAUGUAAGGCAAAGUCCAAUGAGGCAGAAACUGUUCUUUGAAUGUGCAAAGUUUGAGAAGAUUUAAUGCGAAAAGAUGUUGUCCCUAGACACUCCAACUAGAUGGAAUUCUUUGUAUUCAAUGUUGGAAGUUGUUGAAAAGUACGAGCUUGCAUUUGAUAGGUCACUUGUAGUUAUAUUUCAAUUUUUUAGUUUAUUUUUAAUGUUAUUUCAAUUUUUAUUUUAAUAUAACUGUUAUUCCCUU